UCAACUGUGUAUGUGUGCGUCGUGUUGACGAUUACACCGCUGUCAGUCAGUCAGAUUGCAAAACUUUUUUCACUUCUCUUGCCAAAGUGGAAGAAAAAAGUCUAUAUUUCUCGAAAUCGAAAGUAAGCAUCGGUUUGAUUAUUGAAAACUAUUGAAAAAUGUGCCAGUAGUGAUUGUGUAGUGUGUAAGCAGCGGAUCAGUAUUCUAGUCGGGCUCAUCUUCGAGCCAUCGAUUUCAUAGCCAAGGAAAAAUAAUUGUCAUCCAUGGUGCCAUUCCCCCAACAACAUAAAUUUAAUAGUUUUGUCGAAUUUGAGUUCUAAAACUCCUGUAACAUAAUCAGAAGUUCCUUUCAUUUGCUGUAAGCAAACACGCGUACAAUUCGCUUAUCGGAAACGAAACAGAACCGGUUCAGUAUUUUUUUCUUUCCCGUACGCCGAAAGUUGUUAUCAGAACUUCCACAAAACGAAAGCAAGCAAGCGAGCUCCUAGGCUAGAAACGGGGGAGGUGAGGGCGAGCAUGCAAAUUAAAAUGGGCCUUUUGUUGUGAAUUUUCCGAUAAAGAACCAUACGUACGAACGACUAAAGGCAGCAAGUUGAUUGCACAAUUUUGAACAGCACACAAAAGUCACCACAGUUGAAAAAACAUAACGUCGGAAUAAAGACACGUUUGUUUCCAAAUUCUGACGUCGUGGAAGAUUUUUCGGAGAAAAUUUAGAUCAUGCUCCAUCAUCGUUUCGGUUCAUCGAUUUUGAUAGUCUGGUUAAUUUAAAAAAAAAAAACAAACCGCUUAAAUCGCCGUUGAGAUGUUUGCGUCUCUUAAGAACAAAAUUCGCGAGGAAACCGGCAGUGAUGUCUCGUCCUUACCGCCGAUUGGUACCGGCCAACGACUACAGCGAAGUCGAGGUGAAUCGCUUACCUCGAUGGCCUCAAUGGACGAGCUAGGUCUCCUAGAACAAAAGGAUGCCGAACUGAGUGCCACCCGGAUUCAGCUACAGGAAGUCUCAAUUCAAGCGAACGAGUUACGAGAACACAUCCGGCAGCUUGAGGAAGAAAAACAACGGCUCGAGGAGGCCAACAAGUUGCUGGAGGAAUCGAUGAAGGUGGCCCAAGUGCAAAAAGAUUUGCUCUGUGAGGAGCAGGACAAAAUUCAAAACCUGCAGCAAUCGGAGAUAUCGAAGCUUAAAAGUAUGCUUCUGUUCCGGGAGCAGGAAGCAGUCGACCGGAUAUCGUACCAGAAGGCAGCCGAGCAGCAGGCCGAAAGCUACAAACAGGAGCUUAACCGGCUGAGGGGACUGGAACCCAUGGUGGAGGCUAUGCAGGAUGAUUUGGAAAUCCUCCGACACUCGUCAACCAUCGAGAAGAACAACCUCCGCUCGACUUUGGCCGCCAUCGAAGAGGAAAACCGUCACCUGAAAAGUCGCAUCCAGGUGCUAGAGGAAAGUCGAGCUUCCCUGACCUCCGGCUCGACCGACGACAAAGUACAUCUGCUGCUACAGGAACGACGGAUGCUCGAACAACGCCUGGAAGAAGCCCACCUACACCUUUCGGACAUCAAGAGCAGCUGGAGCGACCAGAAUCUGGCCCUGGAAACCCAGGUCAACCGGUUGUCUCGACAGGUCGCCGAAGAAACGACGGAAAAGCGGAAGGCUCUCAAGCUUAAGGACGAUCUCAUCGAAAAGUUGAAGCAGUUAGAAUUCGAACUCGAGAAGGUGCGAGACGAAGUUACCCAACGUGAUAAUAAGAUAAGACUUAUGAACGAAGAGGUGGACGAGCUGAAUUCUGCCCUUCGCGAGGCUCGCGAGCAACACGACGAAGAAGUUACUUUCAUGAACAGCAAACUCGAGCAACUCCAGGCGGAACUGAACAACAUCCGGCUCAAUCUGGGCGAUACCGAGCGGCGUCUGAUCGAUUCGCUCGAAGGGUCGGACAAAUCUACCGGUGCAUACAAAUCGCAAAUCCUUCAGCUGGAAGACGAUCUUCGGCGGCUAGACACGGAACUAACGCUAGAAAAACAAGAAAAACUUGCGAUUCUUAUGAAAAAUGCGGAGUUUUCUCAGAGGGAAGAAAUUUUGAAGCAAGAACUGCGCCAAGAACGGGACGAAGUGCACGAGUUGCACGAUCGCAUGGCCCUGUUGCAGAGAGAUCUGGAUAAAAGGUAAUGCCAAAUUUCACAAUUUCGGAAGUUUUGUAAUCAAUAAGUUUGUUGGGGUGGCAGCCAAAUGGAUUGGUCGAAAAAACCGGCCUGUGGAAUGGAUUGGUCUAAAAAACCGGGGUGCCUCAAAGCUCUUAAAGUAUCAGAUUUUUUUUUUCGAGAUAACACCAGAAUUUGAAGUUUUUUGCAUUUUAAGUCAUUUGGCAUAAAAUUAAAAUUUUGAUUUUCCGAUUUCCUUCGGUCCCCCUAUUGGUACUUUUUCAGGGUAAAAAAUCGAAACUUUGAUCGCUUUGAGGCAACGAGAAUGAAACGGAUUAUGUAGCAAUAUAGAUUUUUAACACAGUACACUUCUUUGAAGUCUUUGACCAUGCGAAACAGGAAUCCAAGGUUCCUGGAAGCGAAGCUUUGUCGACAACAUAGUUCGUGUGAGUCUUGAACUCCAGCUGUUGAUCGAGGAUAACGCCUAGAUCGCUAAGGUGGUCCACUCAGAUGAUGGUUUCGUUUCCAAGGAUGUACUCCGCAUAAAGAGUGUGCCGCUUACGGGAAAACGAUAUAACCGAGCAUUUACAGCGGUUCAACGACAGGCAGUUCAUACCGUACCAGUGAAUUGAAGUAGAUUACAAAAAAUGUCGGUCUUAAAUGGCUUCCUUGGGGCACUCCUGAAGAGGCAGGGAAUUGCCUAGAAGAGGAUUCACCAAUUCGAACGGAUAACUUCCGUCCCGUUAGAUAACUCCGGAACCAAUCCAGUAGGGAUCCACAGAAUCCUAAGCGUCCGAGCUUUGCGAUAGCAGUGCAGUAUGAUGGUUCACCUUGUCGAACGUCAGGUUGCUAGACCUUGGAACUGUUAGGUUGGCAGGUCUUUAUAACGUUAGGCAGGUUUGUGGUUGCUAGGCCGAAAGUGGUCAGUCCGCAGGACAUCAUGUCCUCGGGCCUCCAGACCGUACAUGGUCGCCAGAUAGUCUUCUCGUUAGGACGAAGGUUAUAUCAUCUUUCAUAUCAUACCCGAUUGGGACAAGAUACUCAAUUAGCAAUUCACUUCAAUCAAUAGUGCAGGUGAGCCUGAUAGCAUAGAGUUACGUGGGAUUAUUACCACAAUAGAUCAACUACUGGUGGCAGUGGACUCUCCCUUACAAAGGAUUAAAAAAGGAUGACAGAUUGUCAAGCUAUUAGAUCGUAAUUUUUUGCAGGCCGUAGGUCGUCACAACAUUAGACGUUGGGCCGUCAGGUUCUCAGGCCAUAAAUGGUCAACAGACAGUGCCUAUCCAGUAUCCUAGUGAUUCUGUAUCCUACGAGGAAAAAUGUAUGGAUAAAGUAAUAUACUACAAAUACAAAUCUACACUGAACUUAGAACACUAAGAAUUCUUCUUCGGAAUACAACCU